AUGGAGACGACGACGGAAGUGGCAGCGCUCCCGAGCGAUGCCCUCUCCCACGUCUUCUGCCGCCUGCCGGCACGGAGCCUCGCCGAGGCCCGGAGCGUCUGUAAGGCGUGGCGCGCCAUCGUCGACGCCCGCGCGCUGCUGCUCCGGCGCCGCAAGCUCCUCCCACACAAUGUCCACGGCGUCUUCGUCAACUACAUCGACCAUUGCCGGCCGCACCUCUUCUCCCGCCCCUCGCCGGUGGCAUCGUCAGCGAGCUACGACAAGAUCAACAACAUGCUGGGCUUCUUGCCCACUUACAAUAAUGGGGACUGGUGGUCCGUGCUGGAUCACUGCCGGGGCCUUGUGCUCUGCGACAUCGAGCAGGGUUGCCAGCUCUGCGUGUGCAACCCGGCGACGCAGAGGUGGGCACUCGUGCCACCCCGGUGGCAAGCGAGGGCCAGAUGGCGCAGCUACGUCAGCGCGUACCUGACCUUCGAUCCGGCCAUGUCGCCGCACUAUGAGGUCAUCUUGAUCCCCACCGUGCUGGAAUGGCCACAGCCAGAACCCCCUGGCCUUCAGAAGGCGAGAAAUCAGCGGCGAGCAUUUGAGGUGCGGCUGCACGGGGUAGACGAUGCGCCGUUCUGCCUCGAUGAGUGGCUACAUUUCUCUUCAGACGUCGAUGAGGAAGAGGAGGAGGAAGGGUUGGGGGAUGAGGACAUGGAGCUCAGCCAUGUCGAGGAUACAUGCCACCUGACGGAAUGGCCGCCGACGCCAUGGACGUUGGAUGUGUUCUCGUCGAGGGUUGGCCGGUGGGAGGAGAGAGCCUUUGUCCGCCAAGGCGAGCCGGCGGGGACAGUCCAAGACAUGCUGUUGGAUCAACCGAAACCGACAUGCCGGGGGCCACGGCAACGUUACGCCGCGUACUGGCAAGGAGCGCUUUACGUACACUGCCGAGGUUCUUUCAUUGCGAGGCUUUCAUUGUUGAAUAAUAAUUACCAAGUGAUUAAAACGCCCGGAGACAUUCAGAAGAACACAUCUGCUAAACCAUAUCUAGGGAUAUCAGAAAAAGGAGUGUACUUUGGGAUAGCUCAAAAGUGUCAAUUACGGGUUUGGAUCCUCAAUGAAUCACGUGGACAGAUGGAGUGGAUCUUGAAGUACGAAGAUGACCUUACACACUAUGCCCAACAUGUAAGACAAUAUGACGGACAGAUGGAUGGACCAUGGAUUGUUCAUGAUGUGAAUGACACUGAUAGUGUUUCUGAAGCUAUGAAACAGAGUUCGGAGUGGGACUCCGACAGCGAUGAUAUUUUUACAAUUAAAGCUGGAUCAACUGAUGAGGAAUACUAUGGUGCAGGCUAUGACAUUCUUGGAUUCCAUCCUUAUAAGGAAGUUGUCUUUUUGGCUGACUACUUUACAGUGGUGGCCUAUCAUCUGAAAACAUCAAAGGUUCGGUAUCUUGGCAACUCACGUCCAAAGAGCUACUAUCAUAGCUUUACAAAUGACAUAUACGAGUCAUUUGUGUACACUCCUUGUAUGAUCGGAGAGCUUAACAGAGGCAGCACGAUGAAGGAAAAUUGA